AUGCGCUUCCAAUUCAGCACCGCGCUGACUGCAGCACUGGGGCUGGCUUCGUCCGCAGAUGCCCUCAAGAUCCUAAUGGGGAAUGACGACGGGUUUGGGAGUGGAAACCUGAGAGAAUUGUACAAAUUGCUGGUCGGCGCCGGUCAUGAUGUUCUCAUUGUCGCCCCCGCCCAACAGCAGUCUGGCAAAGGCACCACCGUCAUCUGGUCCGAGUCAGCAAACCUUACAGUCCCAUCCCAAUACAACAUUGUUCCUGCAGGCGCGCCAUCAGUAGGACGCGAUCCAUCCGACGACAACAUAUGGUACUAUGAUGGCACCCCAGCGGCAUGUACCUUUGUUGCCCUCGACUAUGUGCUCCCGCGGUAUUAUCCCGAGUGGCACCAGACAGCGGAUCUAUUCAUUGCCGGACCGAAUUACGGCACGAACCUCGGUCCGUUCGUAAUGGCACUGAGCGGCACUGUAGGCGCAACCAUUGCGGCUGUAUCACGUUCCAUUCCUGGUUUUGCGACCAGCGCGAGCAACAAGGCGGUUCCGUAUUUCAACGUGACAGGCGCUGCUCAUCCCGCAGCGCAGGCAGCCAAGGUCACCUUCGACAUCGUCAAUGAGUUCAUCAAGAACACACCGGAGGGUCAACAAGUCCUCCCGCUCGGGUACGGCGUCAACAUCAACCUCCCCGAGCUCGCCAACGGUACCAUGCCUCCAGUAGUCAAGUCCCGACUCACUGGUCAGGCUAACACAGACGUGGCCGUGUUCAACGAGACGACUGGGUUAUUCACUUGGGACAACGUCGAUCCUGUUGCCGCAGGUAUCAAUGCUGCUUACAGCGGGGACACGAGCCUUCCUGGAGAGACCUGGGUCGUUGGUGGGGGUAGCAUUAGUGUUAGUGCGUUCACUCUGGACUGGUCUGCGCCGAGCAUCGAGUAUACUGAUGCUGUAUAUGGAAAGGCUGAGAGCUUGUUCAGCGGGCGCUCAGCUACGAAAAAGGCGUACAGCAAGAGGAUGGUUGAAGAGCGAAUGCACAAGAGAGGUGUAAUAUUGAAUGGAAGGGAUGGCGGAGCUUGA